AUGUUGUUCAGAAGUCUUUGGUACCUCAAAAAAAAGGUGCCUCCAUUGGGAUACAGCAAAAAGACCUUUUUCAAGAAGUUAAAUAGCCCUCGGGCCUCCAAGCCAUGGAGGGAUCGUAGUGCCACAAGUGCGGGGUGCAUAGAAGUGGAUUCCAGCACGGACGUACACACAGAAGAUGGUCAAAUUGUGCUUGGAAAUCUCACCUCGUCCGCCCCUCUAGGGGUGCGUAGCCCGCAUCUUUCCCCGAAGGCGGCGGCAGAGGGUCUUCGUAUAGGGGCACAGGAACUUUUUGACACGUGGAGCAAGGCUGAAUCACGCAAGCAAAUUCCAUCUCCGGAGGGAAAUUGCGUGACACCCGCUUCGUCAUCUGAGUUGGUGGCCUUAAAUUCCUCACAUAAUCCUGCUGCAGUGUUGCCAUAUGGAGAGGACUCCGGGAGGACGCACGCGUUGCUUGCGGAUUCGGUGUCCCCUACUCGGACAUCCGCUGCUGAGGUUGACGGGGAAUCAACUGUUUCUCGUCUUGCCUUUGGUAAUGCCUUAAAUUUCGAGGUGAAGGGGGUGCAUACGUUUCCCGAAGGCCCAGUACCUAUUCACCUUCAACCCUUUAAGCGAAGCAAGAAAGAGUUGAUGGACUCCAUUGUCCUGCCACGCCACAUUAACAAACUCUUUCACAAAAUUAUGGGUUGGUCUGAGGAGCUUGUGGACAUAGAGGCUGAUGAAGACUUGGAGAAGCAGCUCAAGGAUCCUAACAUGGAUCCAGCUCCCCAAUUACUUCGGAAGAAGAUGGUGAAUCUAUCAGAGAAAAUGAAGUACGGUGUUUUGCUCGACGCAUACGAAAAGGACAAGUUUGCCAUUGAGCAUCAACUGGAGCUAGCCGGAAACAAGAUGGAGCGAAAGUUUCUUGAGUGGGAGGGGGCUCACGUGCUAGAUCAGGACGCAAGCUCUGAGAUGGAGCAGGUGUUCACAAACAAAACCUCGAUCGUGAUGGACAUGCCGUCCACGUUUCAUAUCCCGGUCCUGGGUCGUGAUUGUUGCCCGGGAUGUGGGGCGCUGCUGCAAGGUGAAAACGAAUCCGUUUUUGGCUAUGUCCAUAAAGGUGAAGUUGAGCGGUAUGUUCUCGAGCGACAACGCAAGGUUCAGACUCGCCAUGAAUAUGCUGCCCGCAUAGCGGAGCUCCAGGCGCAUUGGGAGAAACACGGCCGCCAUGUCGGGGAGGAGUGGCUUGACUUCAUGACGCAGGAGGAGUUCAAUGCCUUUUAUCGUGAUCGAGCAACGCCGUUUGUAUGCAACCGUUGCCAUGCGUUGGAGAAUUUGGGAGUGAAAGGGCGUCGAAAGGUCUGGUCCGCGCCAGAUUUCACAGAGAAGCUUCGGGCGCUAAAAGAGCAGCGCUGUGUCAUGGUGCUUGUGGUCGACAUUACAGACUUUCCCGGCUCGAUGAUUUACGAUUUGCCUGGGCUGAUCAGCAUGAACAAUCCCGUUAUAAUCGCGGCUAACAAGAUGGAUUGUGUUCGAAACCGUAGCUUUAAGUACAGCGGGAAGGACCGUGCCGUUGCGUCUUGCUUAGUGUCAGAGCGCUACGUACAACGCUGGGUGCUUGACAUUGCAACGCAGUUCGGUCUUCCGAGUCACCUAGUGCGCGAUGUAGUUCCUGUCUCAGCUAAACGCGGCUGGAAUGUCGAUAAACUUAUCACAACGAUUGAAGAAGCUUCCAAUUUGAACCUCAGACGGCCACAUAAGCCUCUGCCAACGUAUUUUAUCGGUGCUGCCAAUUCUGGGAAGUCGUCUCUCCUUAACGCCAUCGCGCACAAGCUCUACGUGCCGCAACCUCCUCAUCCAGAAAGCCGGAAGGUGUACUACACAAAGGUAGACUCCCGUACCGGAAAGGAAGCCGUCUUCUGGCGCUGGUACACUCCACCGAAUGUCAACCAAGCUGAAAUGCUUGAUAUUCCGGCCCGUCACGAUAAGAAGGCCUCCAAGCUGCUCACAGUCUCGUCUCUUCCUGGAACAACCGUUUCCAUAAAUGCAGUCCGAAUUUCUCUUACCAAACCUAGGGCGAAGAGGGGUGACGAGGCAAACACGCCACAGGCGGAGCAGACGUUUUUCUAUGAUACUCCCGGUUUGCUUCCACACUGGCAUCAGCACUCACCUUUAACUCUAUUGCAAAUGCGUCGGACGUUGAUUCGUAAGUUCCGCAACCCGCAGUGCUUCAUUAUUUUACCAGGGCAUACCCUUUUUCUUGCGGGACUGGCAGCCGUGAGUGUGAUGAAGGGCCCUGUACGGGGGCUGCUCUUUAUGGUGUAUACUUCACAAAAGGCCCGCCAUGCUAUCGUGAACACUGAUAGGGCUGACACAUUCUGGGAGGAGCAGCUCGGGAAGGCCUUGGAACCACCCGGCUCACUCGAACAGCUCGCCAGCAGCUCCGGCGGCACUUUGGGGCUUUCUGAGAGCAGGGACUAUUUAUUUGAGUGCUAUAACAGGCACCGGCGUCGUCCCAAGGCGGAUAUCUACAUUUGUGGCCUGGGUUGGACGUCGUUCUGCGUGAGCGAGCCCGCCGACGUCGUGCUGCGCGUGCGCACAUUGCCCGGUGUCAUACACGGCGUCCGAGAACCACUUCGCUACAAUGAUCUUCGUGCUUUUCAACACUGGCCCAAACUGCGGCGCCGCUUUACGUCGAAAAGCAUUGAGGACCUCGAGGACGACGUUGAUAAGGACUCCAUCAAUACCCUUGUCCGAUUAACCGCUCAGACAACCAAUACAACGUCCUCUAAUUUCUCUGAUAAUGGGGUCGCCUCCACGGCAGCGGGUAGUCUCAGUGGUUUAGCCGUGCAACCUGUGGUGAAGGCGUUCCACCCUCAUCACACAGCAGCUUCCUCUGCGCCGUUGGAUGAUCUGAUUGAGGAACUGCAGUCCUCCGGUAAGGUAUGA